CUGACUUUAGGGGCUGAACUUGACAAAGGAAGCAAGAGGGAACCCCACCUAGCCUAUUUUCGCACAAAAGGAUGGUGCUGGUUGUCUCCCUCCAUGAGUGAUGUUAUACUCGACCAAAUAAGGUGAAUGAGGUGUCCUUGGAUAGCCUUUGAAGUCUAGUUUCUUAUUUGAGUGGUAUAUGUUCGAGAAGGGAUAGUUUAUCCCACAAAAACCGAGCUGGAGUGAACUGCUGUCUGUAAACUCGAGCAGUGAGAGUGCUGAAGCUGUUUGGUUAUUAUCUCGAGUUAUACCAAUCCAAUUAAGGCGAGUAAGAUACCAAAAGAAAAAUCUCAAGACUAGGAAUCCGUGAAGGUCUGGUUUACAUCAAUCAGAGUAGUGGAAGGCUUCCAAAUCGUCCGAGCAAAACGCAACCUCGCAGAAACGGAUCUACACUUCUAAAGAACUCACUUUGAAGACGCUGAUUGGAGCGGGUGAACGACGAGGCGGGGUCUAUUAUUUGAGUGGUAUUGGGCGAAUACAGAGUUCUCAUGUAGUAAGUCUCGAUGAAGGUGAUUUAUGGCAUCAACGUAUGGGGCACCCUUCCUCUAGAGUGGUUCGCUUGCUCCCGAUUUCUUUCAAGAAAUGUGCUACCAAUAAUUGUUUUAAUAAAAAUUGUGAUGUUUGCAUGAGAGCAAAACAAACACGUGAAUGCUUCCCUGUCAGUGUUAAUCGUGCUUUAAAUAAAUUCGAGUUGAUACAUUGUGAUGUUUGGGGACCUUAUCGGGAACCGAGUAUUUGUGGAUCGCGCUAUUUCUUAACCAUUGUGGAUGAUUAUUCACGGGCGGUAUGGGUGCAUCUCAUGAUUGAAAAAUCUGAAGUUGCAUUAAUUAUGCAACGUUUUGUUUCUAUGGUGCGGAAUCAGUUCAAUACUCGAAUUAAAGUUGUGCGGGCAGAUAAUGGAACCGAAUUUCAUCCCUUACGUUCAUAUUUUCAAAAGGAAGGUGUUUUAUUCCAAACGUCAUGUGUUGGGACACCUCAGCAAAAUGGACGAGUUGAAAGAAAACACAGACACAUCUUAAAUGUGGCCCGUGCUUUGCGAUUUCAGGCCAACUUGCCCAUAUCUUUUUGGGGUGAUUGUAUUUUAACCGCAUCUUAUUUGAUUAAUCGGACACCAUCCUUACUCAAUGACGGUAAGACACCGUAUGAGAUGCUAUAUGAUGUGACUCCCUCCUAUGCUCAUAUACGUAUAUUUGGAUGUUUGUGUUAUGUUGCUAUCAAGAGUACCGAUAAAUUUCAAGAGCGUGGUCGGAAGUGUGUAUUUUUGGGCUAUUCUUAUACCCAACGGGGAUGGAAAGUGAUGGAUUUAGAAACCAAAAAGCAUUUUGUGUCCCGGGAUGUUCAAUUUGUGGAGACCAUUUUUCCUUUUGCAUUGCCAGGCUCAGAAGACGAUAAAUUUAAUGUACCCCCUACGUCUUCGCAACAGACAAUUGCAUUAGACCAUUCACUUUUGGAUGAUGAUGAUGGGGAUAUGUAUGGGAGUCCCAUGCAUGACAUGCAGGUUUUAGAGAAUGCCCAUGGUACCUCACGUACUGACACCCACGAUGCACCACCAGAUGCUUCACUUGAAGUGGCUUCAUCUGAAGACAACCACUUGGAAUCCACACCACGAGUUGACUGCCAGCACGACAACUCCUCAGACACCGCAUCGCCUACAUCUCCGCAGCAGCCCAC